UAUGACAUAGACUAAUCAUACUUAAUAUAGCAUCAUAAUAAUCCUAUUAAAAAAAUUAAAAAAAAUUAGAGUACCCUUAAAUCAUGCCAUUAACCAAAAUGAUGAGUCCAUCCAUCCACCACAAAGGGGCAAAAAAGUAAUCUCACAACUAGCAUAUCCUUUUAAACUUUCUCCCUUCUCAACCUCUUUUCCGCAAUUCUCUCUCCUCCCAAAAACUUAAAUCGAAAAACCUCCUCCUUUCACUUCACAUUUUCACACAACCUCAACAAAAACAACAACAACAAAAACACAAAAAUGGGUGGACAACAACUCUUAAUUCUGACAAUUUUUCUGUGUUUUUCACUUUCUCUCUCCUCUCUAACAGUCCACGAGCUCUUGAAGAAGAAGGGUCUUCCAGCAGGUCUUCUCCCAAAAGAAGUAAAAUCAUAUGAUUUUAAUGAUGAAAAUGGUCUUUUAGAGGUUUAUCUUGAUGGUCCAUGUUUAACAAAAUUCGAAAAUAGGGUUAUUUUUGAAAGUGUUGUUAGGGCUAAUCUUACUUAUGGUGAACUUAUGGGUGUUGAAGGUUUAACGCAAGAAGAGCUCUUUAUUUGGUUACCUGUUAAAGAAAUUACAGUUUUUGAUCCUAAAUCUGGGAUUAUUUUGUUUGAUAUUGGAAUGGCUCAAAAACAGCUUUCUUUAUCACUUUUUGAAGAUCCUCCAAGUUGUAAACCUCAACAAGGAUUGAUAAACUAUAGUGGAAGGAAAGACAAAGGAUUUGUAGCUGAAAGAUGAAGAUUCAAUCAACAACUAUGUGAAAUCUUCCCCCUUUCUCGCACUGUGUGGUUUGAUGAUAAAAUGAUAAUAUUUGUGGUUAUUAUUAUGAUCUUUAGAUGAGUGUGUGUGGAUGGGGUUUGGUCAGAUAACUUGUAUAGAUCCGAAAUUUUGGUAUCAAAUUUUGAAUGUUUAAGAUUCCUUUUAUUUUACUAGAUUUUUUUUA